AUGACGCAAGACUGUCUCAACCCCGACAACACGCCAGACUUUAACGAGUGCAUCCCCAAAGCUCUAGAGAAGGUAGUCUCGCCACAGCCGAUGUCAGGCAAAGGAUGGGCCAACGUGACUGGUGGUGGGGCAUGUAGCACGGAUGCCGAUUGCCACAAAGGCACAUGUGUGGACGGAGUUACGGCCGGCGCGCACUGCGACGACUUUGCGAUUCAAUGUCCAGAGUACAAGGACGAUGCGUGCUGUUCGUGGCAGCAGAACCGAGCCCUGGCUGCAAAUUUCAAGCUGAUUUCGAGUUUCUUCGGCUCGGAUGGUGGCGGUUGCGAUGCUUGCGCUGUCAACAUCAUGCAGCUCUGGUGCGGCUUGGUGUGCUCGCCUUUCCAAGCCGACUUUAUGCAGAUGCAUAUGCCGUACCCAAGCAACUCGUUUCGUUUGGACCCCAUGACUGGCGUUGACCACGUCAAAGUGCUCGAGAUGAAUGUGAGUUUGUCCACGCCUUUUACUUGUGGACUCUUCGACUCAUGCAAGAACACGCCGCUCGUGUCCGUGACUGAUGCGCUCAAGUCGUCCGUUGGAUUUCUCAACUACCAAGCGCAGACGGGAAGCAUCGGUCACGGCCAGUUUAUGUAUUUGCAAUUUGGCCGCAAUGCAUCAUACUUCAACCAUUCGAACCUCAAAUGCGACAAUUACUCGCAAGUACGGCACCCAACUGCGUUGGCAUCCCUGCCCCUGCAAGCGCAGCUUUUGUCUUCGAUUGCAAACCCAGCAGCGCCAGCGCAAUGUCCAUGCUCGUCGUGCAGACUGACGUGCAAUGCCCCGUCCAACUCGUCAACGCACAUUACAUUGGUGCCUAACCCGAUAUCGAUCUGGGACGGGUUCGAUGCCACCCUCGUGGCCGGGGUCUACUCUGGGAUUGCAGUCUUUGCCGCCGUUCUCUACUUGACCCAUCGAACUCGCUAG